UCCUGGUCUUUGUCCCCGGAACUUGCACACGCUCCUGGGUGACCACUAGGGGUUUUCUCUGCUCGCAUCUGGAUCCCAGUACCACCAGCAUACAGUCCAGUGUCCUGUCCUACGGAAACCCACGGCUUUGGGAAAGAGAGCGAGAAAAGAAAGGAAGGAACAGAACCAACGUGUCCUCUCCUCUCCGGGUUGUAUACGAUCGUCGCAGCCGUGAAGCGGCGCGGUGCUUCUGAGAGCCCGCAGUUCAAGAAGAAGAACAAAAACUUUCCCCAUGUUUUAAAACUAUCGUUUCUUUUUUUUCUUUUUUUUUCUCCGUGAUUUUUUUUUUGGGUCCUCGUUUGAGUCUGGAACUCGACAUUCACGAGACAUAUCCGUGCUUUUUAACGGACGACGGUUGAGCAGCGUUUUGCGGUUAUUUUCGGUGUGUGUAUGUUUUUUUCCCCCCUCGAAAGUAGUUUCAGAAGUGGCCUCAGAGCUGAAUGAAGUGUCGGUCGAGCUGAACAAGUCCGCGCGGCUCCAUGAGGAAACUCGGCGUGGGAGUCGCUGAAACUUUGUCCUAGGCUCCACACACACACACCUGAGCGGUUAUAUAUAUAUAUUUUUCUAUAUUUUAUACUUUUUGGUCUCCUCGCCCUGCACCAUGAAGUCGCUGUCGCUGCUGUGUGUCUGCACGCUGGUCGUGUUGUCCGGGUCGAUGACUGCGGAGCAAAAGUUGAAAAACUGCAACGACGUGCGCGCGGCGUACAGCUCCAAAGGCUUCAACGUCAACGACGUCCCCAACAAAGGAGUCAACGGAGCCCCGUUGAAAGUGUGUCCGCAGGGUUUCUCCUGCUGCACGCUGGAGAUGGAGGAGAAGCUGAGCCAGCAGAGCCACACGGAGAUCAAAGCUCCCGUCUCCAAGCUUAGCACCAACCUACAAUCCACCUUCAGACAGAGGCACGACCACUUUGACAACUUUUUCCGUGAGCUUUUGAAAAAUGCAGAGGUCUCGCUGCACAACAUGUUCGUGAGAACAUACGGGAUGAUGUACGUGCAGAACGCCGAGCUGUUCAAGAACUUCUUCGAGGCCCUGACGCGGUACUACGUGUCUGGCAGCGCCGCCGUCAACCUGGACUCCAUGCUGUCGGACUUCUGGGCCGACCUCCUGGAGAGGAUGUUCCGGCUGGUCAACGUGCAGUACGAAUUCAGCGACGCCUACAUGGAGUGCGUCAGCCGGCACACCGAGCAGCUGCAGCCCUUCGGCGACGUGCCGCGUAAGCUCCGCAUCCAGCUGACGCGGGCCUUUGUCGCCGCGCGGACCUUCGUGCGCGGCCUCACGCUCAUGCCAGAGGUGGUCAAUAAAGUUUCUACGGUCAGUGCGUCUCCCAGCUGCGUGCGAGCGGCCAUGAAGAUGUUGUACUGUCCCUACUGCUCGGGCCAAGUGGCGCUGAAACCCUGCCAGAAUUACUGUCUGAAUGUGUUGCGGGGGUGUCUGGCCAACCAGGCCGACUUGGACACCGAAUGGAACAACUUCCUCGAUGCCAUGCUUAGUCUAGCAGAUCGGCUUGAAGGUCCCUUUAAUUUUGAGUCUGUCAUGGAUCCUAUCGACGUGAAAAUUUCGGAGGCCAUCAUGAACAUGCAGGAGAACAGCAUGCAAGUGUCACAGAAAGUUUUCCAAGGAUGUGGGCAGCCCAAACCAAGCAUGGCCUUCCGCUCCAAACGCUCCAUCAAAGAUACCGGCUUUAACGGACGCUUCCGCCCUUACAGUCCCGAUGCUAGACCCACGACCGCUGCUGGGACUAGUUUAGAUCGAUUGACAAACGACGUGAAGAAGAAGCUGAAACAUGUAAAAAAGUUCUGGUCCACAUUGCCAGAGACCGUUUGUGCAGGUGAGAGGAUCGCACCCGUGGACGACUGCUGGAAUGGAACGGCCAAAAGCAGCUACGAGUCAGUUGUCAUUGGCAAUGGCCUGGCCAAUCAGGUGUCAAACCCUGACGUGGACGUGGACAUAACGAAGCCAGACACUGUGAUUCGCAGUCAGAUUGCAGUUUUGAAGGAAAUGACGAGCUGGCUCAAAGCUGCACACAGCGGCAACGACAUCUCCAUCGAUAACGAUGAGGACAGCAGCGGAGGGGAGGAGAGCGGCAGCGGCUGCGACUCUCCGUCCUGCGACACAGACCGGGACAUCUACUUCUCCACUCCCCCCAACCCGGGCAAACCCGCCGACGAUCAAAGGGUGAAGAGCAGAGGUCCAUCGGAUGGGGGCGUCGCCACAAAGGGAAGCAUGGCGCUGGCGCUCUGCGGGCUGGCCCUCGCCCUGCUCGCUCCCCACUUGAGAUAAAACUGGCUGGGCAAGAAGAGGAAGAGAACGACCGGGAAUGACGUAGCGAAGGAGAAAACUGUCAGAGACUUUAAAAAGACUGCCUUCAGGACCUUGGACUGUCCGCCAUUUGGGGUGGGGGGGUGGGGGGAGAAGACUUUUCUUAAUAUUACAAUAACUUCACUUUUAAUUAUUUGUAUGCUUUUAAGGACAUCAGUGUACAGCAAUACAUUUUUCUUGCCCCUCCCCCCUUCCCCGCCAGAUAAACCGUUACUCCUUAUGGCUCUUUUGGAGCCACGCUAUGCUUCUGCUUGCAGCAAUACAAACGUCAUACAAUUGUCUUAUUUUGGCAGUUUAAUCUCAUAAUCCAUUUGUGUGCCUUCUUCGGUGAUCGCCAUCUGAUAUCUGAAUAGUUACCCAGAUGUUUGGUCAAACAGAGUGCCUGUGGUGGGACAUAUUUCUGAGGAUGUUCUUUCUUUCCGUUAUUCAGAGAUUGUUGUGCACACUGAAUGUUGGUGUCUGUGCAUACGUCAGCAUUCACUCAGAAAUUAGGGAGCUAGCUGUUUCUAUCAACUUGGGCACAGUCGGUGCUUUUGUUCGUUCCGGAGAGACGCAAACACGUCUUUCUCUUGGAAAUGCAGUGAGAGAAGUUGCAGCACAGGUAUUUAUGUUUGACCUGGAGAUGGAAUCGUCCUUUAGAAGAAGAGCUUUUGGGAGGAGCUCCGCAAGCCCAAAACGUGUGUCCUGUAUGUCCGCUAUGAGCAUUAUCACAACCUAACCUUUUUUUAAUUUUUUUUUAUUUGUUCCCAUUUCCUUUAUACAUGUUUAAUUUCACUUCCUCAGCUCAAACGGUUCAGUCGUACCUCACGCGUGCUCACAGUCGAUGCAAUCUAGUGAUGUGGAGUUGAAAGUGUCUGACAGUGGAGAUAUGAUGCUGGCGUCCUGGAGAAAGGUAACCGGCGUGGAGGGAGAAGGACUCCCCUGGCAUUAAUUAACCCUAAAGAAGGCAGCGCUGACGAGUCCUGAAUGCCCCUUUUUUCUUUUUGUUACUGUGAGCUCAGUUCAGCACAGAGGAUCUGACUCGAUACAGUCUGACUUGUUUGAAAAGAGAAGGUAGCAACAUGUACGUUCAUAAAGCGAGAGGAGAGGAACAAAACAAGUGCUUUGAUCAAAUGAAAUCAAGAAAAAAAAAGAUUAUUUUAAUACAGGGUUUUGUGUCGAAGAGGUGUUGUAAUGUUUAGCUAUUUUUGGUAUGAAGAUAUAUAUUAGGUACUACAGUGGAUUUUACUGCUAGUUUAGGUGGUGCAAGAGGACAGUGUGCACAGAUAUCGGGGGGCUUUAUUUGGUCAGUGCACAGUUUUUGUUUUUUGGUGCUCCUAUUUUUUUUUUGGCCCACAUCCCCCCGUCCCAUAAUGCACACUUGUGCCUCGUGUCAAUUUAAAUGGACUCUGGACCAUUUGAUCUACCUUCCCUCAUUCUUACGAUCUCAUCAGUUCAACUUGAGGUGGAAUGUUGAACUUUCGUGCCACCAAAAUGAAUGCAAAGUAAUGGUGCCGGAAUUUUCUUUCAUUUUUUUCUUUUUUUAAUUUUUUUUACCUUGGUACAUUAUUAGCAACUUCUUGAGGUAAAAAAGAAUGUAGAUGUUGAUGAUUUGUAUCCAUUACGUGCUCUGAUUCCCUGUAGGGUGUGUGUGAGUAUAUCGUUACCAGCUGACAAGCACAAACAUAAGGUUUUCUAUAUCUUCUAAUGUUAUAACCGGGUCUGUAAGUUGCAUUAGCUCUCAAACGACGCUGCACCGUGUAGCGUUUGUACAGUAACUUAUGCAUGUCCUCUAACGUCCUCGUAAACAUGCUUUUAGAUCCAACAUAGACGGUCCAAGAUACAGUAUUCAAAAUGUUUCCAUAUGCAAAACUUGGAUGAAAGACAGUAAUUUGAUUUGAAUUGAUUUGAUUUGGGGGGCUUUGAACAUGGAAUGGUUGAGCAUGUUUCACAUUUGUCUGCAGGUCUGAAACAAUUGGCUGCAGUUGAGACAGACGGUAACUACUGGACACAACUUCUGUGCCUCUUGUUCGCCUUUUGAAAUUGACAGGUUGAUUGUAAGCUUCCAUGAAACUGUUCUUCAAAACAAAAGUGAUGUUACCAACUAACAGGCUUCCAAAUCAACGAGGACGCCGAUAUUAAGAAUCUGACUUUUAAAGCAAAGACAAAGCAACCCACGUAGACCCACGGCCGCUUUGAUUUAAGAUAACGAAGCGGAGCUUCGGCAGCUCGCUCUGCUUCCGGCGUGUUCCGCCAACAUUUCUACCGGGGCUUGUGCAUGUGGAAGAGAUGUGGAAGAGUGUGAAGAAACCCAACUUUCUGAGAGCGGGAGGAAAUGUGUCUGGGUGACGCCGGUAAAUGUCUGUGCUUGCGGGGCGGGGCAGCAACAUCUUCCAGCUGGCAGGGAGUCGGCCUGGCUGCUGGAUGUUGCCCAUUUGAUCCACAGAGCAACUUUCUGUCUAGCGACGUAAAAGUUGAGUUGGACAGGUGUUGAAAAGCCUUCCGUCAGCCUUUGGCCCACGAGAACAGAAGAAAGGACUCUCUUCCUGAGGAGAGACGGAGAAGAAUGAACAAAAAAAAAGUGUAAAUAAAGAGCAGCCGCUUUAGAUGUCUCUAAAAGAGGCCAUAACAGUACAUCAGAUUUUUACUUGUCAGAGUAUCUCCUAAAUGUUAUGGAAAAAAAACCAAGAUGAGAUAGAUGUUAAAUUGUAAGAGAAAAUGUAUAUUAAACAACAUUUCUUAGUCUUGUUGAAAUAAAGACUGCCAAUAUUUAAA